GUCGGGUUCUGGCUGCCGGAGGGCGGAGGAAGCGGACGUAAAGACGGACGGGCACGUAGCGGCGGCAGCGGCGGCUGCGGCCGGGCCGAGCCGAGGCUAAGGGGAGGCGGCUGAGGCUAGGGGGAGGAGUCGGCUCUUCGUUUCGGCCGAAGCCGCGGAGGAGCCCAGUCAACGCAAUGGGCUCCGAGAAGGACUCCGAGUCUCCUCGCUCUACGUCCCUGCCCGCGGCCACACCGGACCCCAAGUGCCGAGGGGGCGGCGGGCGGCGACACCGCUUCCUCUCCAGCCUCGUUCUCCUCCCCGCGGGCCGCAGCCGCCGGGCCCGUGCCAAACCCCCACCGCCGGCCCUGGCUCCGGCCCCGGCCCCGGCCGAGCCCCCAGCGCCGCCCCCACCCCCGCCGCCGCCGCCGGCCCCGCCUGAGGCGCCUCCCGCCGAGCCCGCCCCGGAGGCCGAGGUUGCGGUGGCGGCGGCCGCUACGGUGGCGGCGGCGGGCGAGGAGGGCCCUGGGCCCGGCGGUGAUGAGGUGGAGUGCCCGCUGUGCCUGGUGCGCCUACCGCCCGAACGUGCCCCGCGCCUGCUGAGCUGCCCGCACCGCUCGUGCCGAGACUGCCUCCGCCACUACCUGCGCCUAGAGAUCAGCGAGAGCCGCGUGCCCGUCAGCUGCCCCGAGUGCAGCGAACGCCUCAACCCGCACGACAUCCGCCUUCUGCUCGCAGAUCCUCCGCUCAUGCACAAGUACGAGGAGUUCAUGCUGCGCCGCUACCUGGCCUCGGACCCGGACUGCCGCUGGUGCCCGGCUCCGGACUGUGGCUAUGCCGUUAUUGCCUAUGGCUGUGCCAGCUGCCCAAAGUUGACCUGCGAGAGGGAAGGCUGCCAGACUGAAUUCUGCUACCACUGCAAGCAGAUAUGGCAUCCGAAUCAAACGUGCGAUAUGGCCCGUCAGCAGAGGGCACAGACUCUGCGAGUACGGACCAAGCACACGUCAGGUCUCAGUUAUGGCCAAGAAUCCGGGCCAGCGGAUGAUAUCAAGCCUUGCCCACGCUGCAGUGCAUAUAUCAUCAAGAUGAAUGAUGGGAGCUGCAAUCACAUGACCUGCGCAGUGUGUGGCUGUGAAUUUUGUUGGCUUUGUAUGAAAGAAAUCUCAGACUUACAUUACCUCAGCCCCUCUGGCUGUACAUUCUGGGGCAAGAAGCCAUGGAGUCGUAAGAAGAAGAUCCUUUGGCAGCUGGGCACCUUGAUUGGUGCUCCAGUGGGCAUUUCCCUCAUUGCUGGUAUUGCCAUUCCUGCCAUGGUCAUUGGCAUCCCUGUUUAUGUUGGCAGAAAGAUCCACAGCAGGUAUGAGGGAAAGAAGACUUCAAAGCACAAGAGGAAUUUAGCCAUCACAGGUGGCGUGACCCUGUCAGUCAUUGCAUCCCCGGUUAUUGCUGCUGUUAGUGUUGGUAUUGGUGUCCCUAUUAUGUUGGCAUAUGUUUAUGGGGUUGUACCUAUUUCUCUCUGUCGUGGAGGAGGUUGUGGAGUUAGCACUGCCAAUGGAAAAGGUGUGAAAAUUGAAUUUGAUGAAGAUGAUGGUCCAAUCACAGUGGCCGAUGCCUGGCGGGCCUUGAAGAACCCCAGCAUUGGGGAGAGCAGCAUCGAAGGUCUUACCAGUGUGCUGAGUACCAGUGGGAGCCCCACAGAUGGACUCAGCGUCAUGCAGGGCAACUAUAGUGAGACAGCCAGCUUUGCAGCUCUCUCUGGAGGUACUCUGAGUGGCGGUGUUCUCUCUAGCGGCAAGGGAAAGUACAGCAGGCUAGAAGUCCAAGCUGAUAUCCAAAAGGAAAUUUUCCCCAAAGACACAGCCAGUCUUGGCGCCAUUAGUGACAACGCCAGCACUCGGGCAAUGGCCGGUUCCAUAAUCAGUUCCUACAACCCCCAGGACAGGUCAGCAGCAGCAGAAAUGCCAACCCGAUGGGAAUAGAAAAGUGGAAUUCAAGGGUAUGUGGACCAGACAGACGAAGAAGCAAGUGGGCACGACUUGGCUGAGAUCAUGCAAGCUGGAAUCCCAACCCCAAUUCCAUAUUUCCAAAUUCAGCGCUCUUCUCUGCCUCUCACUGCCUUCCAUCUAGCCCUACUGUUGGGCUACGGGCUCCAGGCCCUCUGGGGAGCUGAGAAAAACGCAUGUGGGAAAAGAUUGAACUGAAGAAUUAUUCACAGCACUUUCCUCACAACCCACCAUAUAAAGUAUGGUAGUACGAUCAUCGUCCCAUUUUACAUACCAGAAAACAGAAGAUAAGCCAUUUGUGCAGGGUCUUAAAGCUGAUUAAGGGCCCCAACUGGAACUUGGGGCCCUGCUUUCCUCAUUGCAAAUCCAGGAUUUUUUUUUCAUGGUGAACCAGCCUGCUUUUUUUUUUCUUUUUAACUCAGUACUUUGUAUGGGUUCCAAGGCAAAAGAGUGGUAAGACGAGGGGGUGUGAAGUGACUUUCCCACCAUCACAUAGUUAGAAAGUGUCUGAGGUCAGAUUUGAAUCCAGGAUCCUCCAUCUCUAGCUUUGGCUCUCAAUCCAUUGAACCACCCAGCUGCCCCCUCUUAACUGUGUCUUGGACUCUUGGAAAGCUUCAUGGAAGCUUCUAGCGUUGGUACAAGAGCUCCCUUUGCUCAGCCUGUCUAAAUCCUGCUCCCUUUAAGCCCUACCUUGUGUAGGAAGCCUCACUUGUCCCUUCUCUUGCCCUUAUUACCAUCACUAAAAUUAGAGCUGAUAAAAAGUUUGAAAGGUUUAAAAAAAAAAAGGCCCACCCAGGCCAGUGCCCAUGUUGCUACCCUGGUGUGCAUUUCGCUGGGCCCGGCUUCCAGCGAGGUUGGGCGCCAUGCUGCAUUCAGGCCAGGAUCCUGGGCCCUGGGGCAGGCCUGGUCCUCCUCUUCCUCUUAUUCCUCCUCAUCCUCCAGCGGUUCCAAGGCUCCAAACACAUCCCUCGACGUCCCGCUGCCCGUGAAACCCAACUCUGCGAGCAACAUGGGGGCUGAGCUUACGAGGCCACUCAGCAAAGUUGAAGUCAGGAAAGUCUUAGACAAAUUUUACAAGAGGAAAGAAAUACAGAAAUUGGGCACUGAUUAGGACCUGGAUGCCCGGCUCUUCCACCAAGCUUUCAUCAGUUUUGGAAAUUAUAUCUGGCAAUGCAGUCCUUGGAUGUGGGAAUGAUAUCUGCUUCAGUGCAGCUCACGUGAUGGUCUCUUCCCAUUUUUCAUGAGACAUGCAAAGCAGAUGUUCCCUAUGUUGGCCUGUAAAGAUGAUCUCCAAAAAAUCAGCGACAUAUGGCUUCCACCCAACUGGUAUCCAGAAGCCACAUCACUCCGGGGUUGAUGGGAGGGAGCGAAUGCAGAUCUGAAAAAUAAUGUAACAUUUAAUUCCAAAAAAUGACUG